AAGUCUCUCCCGCUCCCUCCUUUCUCCUCCUCUCCCCCGACAACAUGGCCGCGAAGUCGGACGGCGGCGGCGGCCCGGCCGUGCUGCUGGAGAGCCCGGGGGGCGGCGGCGGCGGGCGGCGGGAGGGGAGCGCGGCCCCCCCGGCGCGGCGGUACCGGCUGCGGGACGGGUGCUGGGUGCUCUGCGCCCUCCUCGUCUGCUUCGCGGACGGUGCCUCGGACCUGUGGCUGGCGGCCCAUUACUACGUGCGGGGUCAGCGGUGGUGGUUCGGGCUGACGCUGCUCUUCGUGCUGCUGCCCUCGCUCGUGGUGCAGCUCCUCAGCUUCAGGUGGUUCGUCUACGACUUCGCCGCCGGCAGCACCAAGGACAGCGCCGGCAGCACCAAGGACAGCGCCCGCGGCCCCCGCGGCUGCUGCCGCCUCUGCGUCUGGGUGCUGCAGGGCCUCAUCCACCUCCUGCAGCUGGGGCAGGUCUGGAGGUACCUCCGCACGCUGUACCUGGGGCUGCAGAGCCGGUGGCAGGCCGAGCACCGCCGGCGGCACUUCUACUGGCGCAUGAUGUUUGAGAGCGCGGACAUCAGCAUGCUGCGGCUGCUCGAGACCUUCCUGAAGAGCGCGCCCCAGCUCGUGCUGCAGCUCAGCAUCAUGGUGCAGCAGAACAGCAUCGAGCCCCUGCAGGGGUUCUCGGCCUCGGCCUCGCUGGUGUCCCUGGCGUGGAUGAUCGCCUCCUACCAGAAGGUGCUGCGGGACUCGCGGGAGGACAAGAUGCCCAUGUCCUACAAGGGGGCCGUGGUGCAGAUCCUGUGGCACCUCUUCACCAUCGCCGCCCGUGCCAUCGCCUUCGCCCUCUUCGCCUCCGUGUUCCAGCUCUACUUCGGCAUCUUCAUCGUCACCCACUGGUGCAUCAUGACCUUCUGGAUCAUCCAGGGCGAGACGGACUUCUGCAUGUCCAAGUGGGAGGAGAUCAUCUACAACAUGGUGGUGGGCAUCAUCUACAUCUUCUGCUGGUUCAACGUCAAGGAGGGCCGGAGCCGCUACCGAAUGUGCAUCUACUACAUCAUCACGCUGUCGGAGAACGCCGCCCUCACCAUCCUCUGGUUCCUCUACUACGACCGCGAGACCACCUCCGACUUCGACGCCUUAAUCCUCGUCUGCGUGGUCAGCUCCAGCUUCGCCCUCGGCAUCUUCUUCAUGUUCAUCUACUACUGCCUCUUGCACCCCAACGGCCCCAUCUUCAGCUCCAGCGGCGGGGGGUGCAUUUUCCGGCAGCAGCCGGCCCCGGUGCCGGGGUCCCCCGUGGACGCCGUCACCAGCCCGCCCCGCUCGCUGCCGCGGACUACAGGGGGGGAGCGGGACGGGGCGCCGGGGGAGCGGGACAGUUGUGUGCCCGUCUUCCAGGUGAGACCCUGCGCGCCGCCGGCGCCGGCCGCCCGCGCCCCGCGGACAGAGGGGCCCGUCAUCCGCAUUGACCUGCCCAGGAAGAAGUACCCGGCCUGGGACGCCCACUUCAUCGACCGGCGCCUGCGGAAAACCAUCCUGGCGCUGGAGUACGCGUCACCCAGCACCCCGCGCCUGCAGUACCGCACCCCCGGCGCCCCCCAGGAGGUGCUGGAGUACGAGACCACCGUGUAGGGCGCGGGGCCACAGCGGGGUCCUCCGGUGCCAUCCCGAGCACCCCGCGGCUCCGCAGCCCUUUGCCUUUCUGUUGGGUUUGCGGGCGCUGCCGAGCGGGAAGGGGCCGGGGGGGGGUCUCUUGGUGCUAUCCCCGCCCCGCGCCGCCCUCCCGCAGCCGAGACCCCAGUUCCACCCCAUGGCUCCCCCCCGCCCGGGGCUCGUCCUUGCCAAAUACCUCACCGGUGCCUGAGCCCGAGGCGGGGGUGCUGCGGCCCCGCGGUGCUCAGCAGUUUCCAUGGUGCAGGAUGGGGGUCGGGGGCACCCCUGAGUGGGGGCCGGCAGCUGUGAGGGGCUUGGGGCACGGAGGGGCACAGCGUGACCCGGGAGGGCAGCAGCUGGGGACACGGGUGCCUGUGUCACAGCAGCGCCAUGGGGCUGGAGUGUGGCUGAACCGGGCUGUGUGUGGGGCUCCUCACCCCCCAUGGAGCUGGAGUAGGGGACAGCCGGGGUCCGGCCAGCCCCUCCAUGUCACCUUCUUGCCCCAGGGGAGCCCCUUUAUCUCCACUCUUGCUCCCCCCGGUUCAGGGUUGAGCCAUGUCCCCAGCCCCACGGGUCCUGUCUGUGCUGUGGGGUGCAGAUCCUGUCCUGGGGUCCUCUCAUGGGACCCUGCUCCACCUGGCCCCCGCUGUCCCUCCUGUCCCCGCGGGAACCACUUCAUCUCAUCGGGUUUGUUUUCACCGCAAUGGUGACAUUUUGUGUGACAUUUUCUACCUCCACUGCAGCCGGGGGGCAGGGUCUGGCACCACUGAGGAGGCACCGGCAUUCCAGGGGCUCCCCAAAGUGGGAUUCACCCCCAGAGGUUCCCCCCUCCCGGGUUCGGCAUCUCUAUCCACCCAGGAGUGUUCCCAUUCACCCCCCCAUCAGCAUCAGCCCCCUCCAGCUCCCCAGUAUGAACCUGAGCGAGAAUCCUGCCUGCCC